GUUUCAUUGUUGUUGUUGUUGUUAUCAGAUGUUUUGAUAUGAUAUCAGAAGAUCAGUUUUCGCCAUUGCUUUUUGUCAGCGAAAUGCGAAGUUAACACAAAAUGCAACAAUAAACAAGCUGCUUCCAAAAUGCAUUACACGAUGAAUGAUGCGGAUGUGGCCUUCUCGAGCUUCUACAGCACCGUUGGCAACCAGCAGCUGCAAUUACAGCAUGCGGAACUCUCGCUGUCCACACCUAUUCACUCGCUGGAUCACGACAAUUUCACCGGUUUAUUCGAUGACGACCAAGCGCUUCUCUCGCUUUCCUUGCCCACUACAACAACAACAGCAGCAGCUACAGUGUGCGCACCAUCAACACACAAAGGCGACAUUGAGACCCCCGCCUGCAUUCCCUUUGUGCAGAUUCACACGACGGAUUUACAACAACAAUCGGAGCAAUCGGGUCGCAGCUAUCGCAAUGGCUUUCGACGCAAGACCGCUGAAAUCAAAUCGGAGGCGGAGCUCAUUAAAUCCGAAUUAGCCGAAGCUGCAAAGGAACGCACCAAUGCCACACCCACACCGCCUACGGCCAAAAACAUAGCUGGCGAGUUGCACAAGUGUCCCAACUGCCCGUUUCUGAGCUUGUGUCAUGUGAAGGUACAAAAUCACAUCAGCAGCUGCUUUGGCCUCGAUGUGCAGCGACGUCUGCAGUGUCCAGGCUGUGCAAAUAUAUUCUAUAGCUUAGAUGUGCUGCAUUUGCAUCUUGGAGAGGACCAUGAACUGGAGCAGCAGGAGAUAGAGACGCUGCUGCAGGCGUUGAAGCUCACGGACAAAGCGAAGAAGACACAGCCGCCUGAAAAGAGUCGCAUCUACAUAAAGAACGUCGAUUGUUUGCGGGAACCGUUGCGUGAGCAAGUGGACAAUCAAUUAUCCGACUUUCUGCCGCUGUUGACAUCGCCGCCAGACAGCACCGCUGGCAAUAUUCUCGAUCUGUUAGACGAUGUAACCGAUGUGACGGCGGAGACAACGCCGCAGCCAAUGCAAAAACCUCCUGGCCAAAAAAUAUCCAUUAAAAGUGUCGAUGUGCUCAGAGAGCCUGCCCUGCUGCCCUUUGACUUUCAGCUCCCGAGCGCUGUGGAACAUCAGCAGCAACAGCAACAACAGUUGCCGCCGCUGUUGCUGCCCAGCAACAUGCUUGAUGUGGAGCCCGCGAAGCCGCGUCAGCCAAAGAUCUACAUACGCAACGUGGACAUUCUAAAGGAGCCCAUGUUGCUGCCGGGCAUGGGCUUCAGUGAUGUGCCCAGCUCAACAGUGGCCAGUCCGGCCGUUGAGAUAUUCCCUGCGGAAACGCUGCUAACGCCCACGGGUCCCAGUGGUCCGCUGCCGAGCUUUGAGCCCGCUCUGGCUCCACUGGCCAACAUGUGUAGUGAAGCCUUCAACUUUGAGUCGGUGUUAAGUGCUGCAGGCAGCGCGAGCAGCGGCGGCAUUGCCACCAACAAUUUCAGCGCACUCGACCUCGACUUUGGCGUAGACUUUGAGCACAGUGUGCCGCUGGUAACGGAGCCAACACCGCCACCAGCACCGCCUCCGCCACCGCCACCUUCGUUGCCUCCAGCCCCAAUGUCUGGCAAUGCGCAACUGGCCGAAUUGUCCACAAUUCCCCAAGACGAACUGUGCAACACACAGCUGGCCAACUACUUGCCCGUGAACAACACAGCUGCAACGGCAGCGACGUCCAAGCAAAAGAUCUUCAUCAAGAACGUGGACAUCCUGAAGGCGCCACAACGUGGCACGCUGCAUCUGCGCACUGUGGAUGAGCUGAAUCUGAUGAACCGCAACGAGGUGGAGCAUCUCAUUGUGCCGAAUCGUGAGCCGCUGCCCCUGGAGUUGCCACUGAAUGCGGCACCAGCUGGAGCUGGUGCAAUGCAACCAACGCUGCUGGACUUCCAUCAGCAGCCACAGGCCACGGCGCCAGCGGCCACAUUGAGCUACGACGAUAGCUACGACUUGGCUGAGGAUCUGGAGUGUUGGCCCUGGAUGGAAGAAGCUGGCGCAGCCAUGAGCAGCACAGUUGGCGUCGAGUCGGAGCAGGAGAGCACACAGCUCGAGUUGCCGCACAAUGCAGAGGACAUACUCAUCAAGGACUUUCCACAGUUGUAUGCGCCACAGACGCCAGAGGUGGUCACGGUGCCCCCGCUGGUUCCGGUGACAACGACGCCGGGCACAGCAGCCACUGCAACAGCUGCAACUGAUAAUCUGAGUGCGCUGCCCGUGCCGCCUUUGGUGCCGCUGGCAACUGAAGCGGCGACAGCUGUCACUGCUUCGGCACCGGGUCCAGCUCCAACUGCAGCUGCAGCUCCCAUUACUGCUGGCACUGAGAAGCCAGCACGCAUUUAUGUGGCCAACAAUCUGUUGCCCGCUGCCGUGGAGCCGCCGCUGGCUGGUGGCACCUCAGUUCGUGGUCGUCCCUAUGGCGCCAAGCAGGCUGGCGCCCAAGGCAAACGUCGUCCCGCCCAGGGUGCUGCACAGCCGCUCGAGGGCGGGAAGUGUACCGUGGAGGGUUGCAUGUUCCGCUUUAAGUCGCCAUCGACGCUGGAGUAUCAUGGACGGUGUCACAACGGAGCGCUGGGCUCGGCACAACCGAUGAUCUGUCCGGAGUGCCGAUCGACGCAGUUCAGCAACUGGAACUGUUUGCAUACACAUCUGUGGCGCACACACGAGAUCGACAUGGAGCUGUACUGCUGCCAAUUGUGCAGCUUCAAGACACCCAUCUAUUCGCGGCUGGUAAACACGCAUGCCAAGAUCCAUUCGGAGGAGCGUAACUACAAGUGCGAGCAGUGUGGCAAAGGGUUCAAGAACACCAAGCAGCUGAAGAAUCAUCGACGAUUGCAUCGCACCCAGGGUCUGGGCAUGGCCAAGCCAAACAAUAACACCUUGAGUGAAGAGCAGGCAGCGACGCCAACGCUGCAUCGUUGCGAGGAUUGUGGAGCUGCUUUUAAGCAUCGGAAGACUCUGCGCGAACAUCUCUGCAAGCAGCGCAAUGAGCAGCCACAGUGCAGCAGCUGUCAGCGUGUGUUCAGCUCCAAGAGCAGCCUCAAGUUGCACAUGCGCAGCCAUCAGGCGAACAAGCGCUUCAAGUGCGACAAGUGCGAGUACGAGGCAAAUGAUCACAACUCCUUUCGACGUCAUCUUGCCACACAUCGGGAGCCCAAGCGUUAUGCGUGUCCGCAUUGCGACUUCCGCGCUAUUCAGAGCACCGCCUAUCGGAUACAUCUGCAGAAACGGCAUCCGGAGCAGGAGCUCUCGAGCAUCAUCUACAAAUGCAAUGAAUGCAACUUUUCUAGCAUCAAUCGCGGCCUGUUGCUGGUCCAUCAGGCCAAACAUGACGCAAUUCCUCCAGUCGAAUCCUCAAAAAUCAAAGUGAAGAGCAACCUUCUGCUCGCACAUUCCAGAUCAAAUGCCAAGGAACAUAAUGAAGUGGCUUUUAUGCCACCGGACAACGCUCUGAAUACCUAGAAGUUCCGAUAUAUGCGCAUAUUACAAGUUUUAAGAUAUGGUUUUGUACAAAAAGAAAAAAAAAAAACAAGAAAAAGAAAACAGAAA